AGGCAGUGGAUGGGAGGAUAAAGCACCGCGGCUCCAAUGAGUAAACAACAGCUAAAGCCAUCAUAAAUAAUUUAUCAUGUCUGUUUUUUAACGCUUUACUCACUUCAACGUUGCUCGGCUUGAAGCUCGGAAGAAACAAGCACGGCUGCAGAGCAACAAAAAAAAAAAGAAAAGAAAAGAGGAAGAAGAAGAAAAAGAGGGGAGGGAGAAAAGUUCACAAAGUUGACGCCCAGCGUGGAGGCUCCUCCUGCUGGAGGAUUAUAAGGCAAAUGUCGGGGCGGGACAGAACCACUGGGGGAGUUCUGCAGAGGGGUCACAAACACACAAGAAGGAUCCGCAAAGCACGCACUGCAGCACGGCAGUCAACUUCCAAACAAGCCCGCCGGUUUGGUUGUUGUUGUUUUUUUCUUCUUCCCCCCGCCCCCCACCCGGAGCAACUUUUUGUCGCUGCAAUCAUGAGCACGGCUGUGGUGUCGCCUUUUUUCGACUUUGAAACGAUGAACAAGAACAACAAGCUGCUCAGCUACAACAGCAACCUGGGCGCCCCCCACCCCAUGACGGUCCCCAACGUGGCCAUUCCCAGCCCCGCCGGAGCCCUGCUGGACAGGAAGGCGGUGGGCUCUCCCUCGGUGGGAGGCGUGUACCAGCGGCGGCACUCGGUCAGCAGCACCAAGUUCAGCCAGAACCAGUUCCUCAACAGCCUGAAGGCGACCGAGCACUCGUCGUUCAUCUCCGGGGCCAACAAGGAGAACCGCCUGCGGGACCGCUCCUUCUCCGAGACGGGCGAGCGGCUCCUCAACAAGUGCCUGGGGCCGGCCAGCCCCACAGGCAGCACGGGCAGCCAAGUGAACUCUAGUCGCUACAAGACGGAGCUGUGCCGGCCCUUUGAGGAGAACGGCGCCUGCAAAUAUGGCGACAAGUGCCAGUUUGCCCACGGCAUCCACGAACUGCGCAGCCUCAGCCGCCACCCCAAGUACAAAACAGAGCUGUGCCGCACCUUCCACACAAUCGGGUUCUGUCCUUACGGCCCCCGCUGCCACUUCAUCCACAACGCAGAGGAGCGCCGCGGACCCCCCCUCAAGUCGUCGCCCAGCAGCAGCAGCAACUCCUCGUCCGGCGAGAUGGAGCGUCCCCGCCUGCAGCACAGCUACAGCUUUGCCGGCUUCUCCAGCUCGGCGGGUCUCCGAGACAGCCCCACCUCGGUCACCCCGCCGCCCAUGUUCUUCCCCGACGAGGUCCCCGACUGGCCCAGCAGUAACCCCUUCACCUACUCCAGCCAGGAGCUGGCCAACCUGUUUGGGCCUAGUCUGGGCACCGGCCCCACGGGCCCCGACGCCGGCAACCCCGCGCCCCCUUCCCCGACCAGCACGCCUUACUACUUCAGACCCAUGUUGGAGUCCCCUCAGAUGUUUGAGUCCCCGUCCAGCCCUCCGGACUCCCUCUCGGACCAGGAGGGCUACCAGAGCAGCUCCGGGGGCAGCCUGAGCGGCUCCGAGUCGCCCACGCUUGACACCACCCGCCGCCUGCCCAUCUUCAGCCGCCUCUCCAUCUCCGAUGACUAGACGGCAAUGCCUUAUCUUUACACACCAUUUCUUUUCUUUUUUUUGACACGAGGAGAACGGUGGCGCGUCCCCCUUUCUACCUCCCGCAGAGCCCCUCGCGGCCAGCGUCACUUCCUUGUCGGUGCUGCGAGGACGUAGCAGGUCGAGGGAAGCGUCUGCUAAUCAUUUCACCCCCGCCCCCUCCCGCUAAUCUGCACACAGCCCGUUUAUUUUGUCGUAGGAGCACCAGAAGUGUAGCCUGCCACGUGUCAUAGUGCCAAAAACAAAAAGAUGGACACAAAAAAAUCAUGACAAUUGACGUUUCUUAUUUGUGUUGCUGGUGUUUCCCAAGUGCCGCUUGUUUUGUUUUUUGAGUUCUUUUUCAUAGUUUUUGCGCUUGAAUGUGUAGCAGCACAAGUGGCCUUGGAUAAAGGGGAGUGCAUUGCACUAUGCCCCCCCCCAUCCCCCUUUCUUGGAGCGAGCGAGCCCGAGGAUGCUCAUAAUCAGCCCCACCCCAUCCCAUCCCAUCCCCCCCCUUCUUGGAGCGAGCGAGCCCGAGGAUGCUCAUCAGCUGCAGAGAACAAAAAGAAGAGCCUGUAAAGAUAUGAAUAGUUUUUUUAAAGUCGGCGCAGGAGUAAAAAGUGCCUGGUUGGGGGGGCGGUUUGGCAUGUUUCCGGGUGAAUGGACUACUGUUUGUUUGCCCCCCCUCUCCCUCAAACAGUGUCUUAUGUAAUUUGUGAUCUGGGUGAGUCUGCAGGAAGGACUUUGAACUGGAAGUUGGUCACCCCCACACCUUCCCCCCCUUCAUCCUGUUGCUGGUCACUGGCUCUUUUUCUUUUUUUUCGGGAACUUACCUGUAAGUGGCCCCGCCCCCUUUCCCACCCACCCAUCCUCACCUGUGACUUGACAAGGUUGGAUCUCCAAGCUAUUUUUGUUGUUGAUGUUGUUGCCUCCCCUCUUUUUUUUGUUUUUUUGCUCUCUUCAUUUGAUAAUGAUUUUUUAUUAAUGUUAUUAUUACGGUUAUUGUUGUUUAAAGAACUUUCCAGACAGAAGGUCUUUGCUUGUCACUGCUUAUUUAACUUAUCAGAACAUAUUUAUUGGUGAUCAUAUGCAUUUUUUGUUUAAUUUUUUUUGUAUUUAUCUGGAUAAUGAACAAUAGAAUAUAUUUUCUUUUAUGUUAAAUUAUGAUCUUCCAUAUUAAUCUAAAGAUUGUGAAGACAUUUGUCAGUUUUCCUUUUUUGUUUUCUUCCCCCCCUCCACAGUUUAAUAUAUUGUACCUUUUCGUUCCGCAACUACACUUUUUUUUUUUGUUGUCAAAAUUAAUUUAAAGCAAGAAACUGCGACAAAAAAAGCCGUUUUUUUUGAUUAUUUAUUUCACUUCUUCGUUUGUGCUCCCUCGUAACUGCAAUUUUUUUUUCUGCCCCCACCCUCCACCCCCACCACAUGUGUUUCCAGCAGUAGCUAGUAGCUGCUAUCGUGAUAUUCCAGUACUUUCUCCGCUCCUGGCCGGACCGUACAAGUAACUUGGCUGCUUUUAAGACCUUUGUCUUUGUUUUUGUUUCUGUUGUUCUUUGUUCCACCCAGUCUGCUGUGACCAAACGGAGGAUAAGUUAGUUGGUGCACUUGCUUGGUGCCCCCCCCCCCCUUCAUUCUUGAUGAUUAAAGUGCCUCUUUUGAAUACAUUCCAGGUAGCUAAGGCUUUUGGUGCCUUUUUAUAUUGGAUGAUGGAGGACUUCUUGCCCCCCACCCCCCAGUUUGCCUUCACACAUUUGGAAGAUGGGAGGGUGAGCAGAUUUUUUUUUUCGACACAAAGAAAGUUACAAAAAAAAACUGAAUGUAUUUUUCCAGCCAUGUUUGUUCACUACAGUCCUUUUCUGUGAGUUUAUAUGAAAGCCUGCCCCCGCCCCCCGCCCCUUUUGUAAGUAUUGAUUGCAGUUAAGUCAAUAAACCCUGUAUUUUUGGAAAUGUUAAAA